AUGAGCCUCACUAGCACUAGUAGCGGUAGUGACAGCGACACCCCGCCCCCGCACCCGCUCGUCUUCCCGCUGUACCUCCUCCCGCCACUCCCCUUCCUCCCGCGCGCCCUAAACCCCGCACGCAGCAAGAAGCCCACCGCCAGCGCCGGCGCCAACGCCGCACCGCCACCAGAAUCCCACCUCCCCGGCCACGCGCAGUACAUCAAGUGCCGCAGCUGCCUCAGCGACCUGUGUCCCACCAGUAGCAUCAUCUCCAAAGGCUUCACCGGCCGCCACGGCCGCGCCUACCUCCUCUCCAUCCUCCCCGCCGCGGGGAUCACCCUCACACCGCCGAUCCCGCGCCAGCUCAUCACGGGGCUGCACACAGUGUCGGACAUGUCGUGCGCCGUGUGCAGCGAGGACAUCGGGUGGAAGUACGUCAGUGCCGAGAAGGAGGACCAGCGCUACAAGGUGGGCAAAUACAUUCUGGAGCGGGAGCGGGUCGUGAAGGUGAGUGCGUGGGAGCAGGCGGCGGGGCCGGCGAUGGAGGGCGGGAGGGGAGAGGCGGUGGAUGUGGAUGUGGACGAUGAGGCGGAGCUGGAGGAGCUGUUUUUGGGCCUGUGGACGCCGGAGGGCGCGGAGAGGAGGAGGAGGGCGAGGGUGAGGGUGUGA